AUGAUGGUGCUAAACUGGCUUAUGGCCAUUAAACUUCAAGUUGUAACGUUGGAGGUUGUGCCUGUUGCCGUUAUUGCUGCUGCCCCGGUCCCCGCCACCAAAGCUGCGGCCAAGAAACCGAAGAAGGCGGCGGGCGGCUCUAGAGCCCGGAAGGUCGCUGGUCCCAGCGUCAUUGAGCUGAUCACCAAGGCUGUGUCCGCCUCCAAGGAACGCAAGGGACUCUCUCUCGCCGCGCUCAAGAAGGCGCUGGUUGCUGGUGGCUACGAUGUGGAGAAGAACAACAGCCGCAUCAAGCUGGGGCUGAAGAGCCUUGUGAACAAAAGUAAAUUGGUGCAAACCAAAGGCAUUGGUGCGUCUGGUUCUUUCCGUCUUACUAAGAAGCCGGGAGAAGUGAAAGAAAAAGCUCCGAAAAAGUGGGCAGCUGUGGCCAAGCUGAAGAGGCCAGCAGCCAAGAAACCUGUCACCACCGCUAAGAAACCCAAGAAAGUGGUGACAACGAAAAAAAGCCCCAAGAAAAUGAGGAAGCCGGCGGCUGCUGCGGUCAAGAAGGCGGCCAAGAGCUCCAAAAAGGUGACUAAGGUUGCCGAGCCCAAGAAGGCGGCGGCGGCAUCUAAGAAUCCAGACAAGGUGAAAAGGGUGAAGGCCAAAGCAGCCAAGCCCAAGGCGACUGCAGCCACAGCGAAAAGGGCGGCGCUCAAGAAGUAA